AGAUUGUUUUCAACCUUGCAACCAUGAAGUUGUUAACUUUUCAAAAAUGGAGACAAUCGGAAAUCAUGAAUUUAAUGGAACAAAUGGUGGAUCCAAAAAUGAAUUACAAUUCCAUACCGGUUUGUGAGGAACAUGAUAACGGUGGCUAUGAUUUUCGCAUUCAGGUUAAUACCACCGAAAAUACGUCGCGUUAUGUUAUCUUCUCGCAGGAUUCACAGCGUCUGUAUGUGAAGCCACAUGAAAAUGUCACCAUCGAUUGUUUUUAUAAAGUUAAAAUGCCCAUACAGCCGUUGAAUGUUCGCAUUACACCGAUUUAUUCUACCGAUACCAGUGAUCCCGUGCGUCGAUGUCAAAAUCAUAUUAGCAAAGAUAAUGAACCCAAUGAACUAAUCCGCAACAGUUUGUUGCGUUGUGAAAAUCUUGGUGCCGUCUAUCAUGGCAGCGAUACGGGUAAAAGUAUUCGAGAUCGUUAUUCCGUUGUGGUCCCGCUAAAUGCGGCCGUCAAAGCCGGUGACAAUGGCAUUCAUUUGAAACAACAGCUUAUAAUACAUUUCACAUGCAAUAAUUCUUGUAUGAAUCGGAAGCCAACGUCAGUGCUAUUUUUAUUGGAAACAAAUAGUGGUGACAUUUUGGCUCAACGUCUACUGACAGUGAAAAUAUCAACAUGUCCAAAACGUGAUCAAAAAUUAUAUGAAAGGCCAUCGGGAAGUAAAAGGAGACCAGUUGGAGACCCUGAUUUUAGUACAACUGAACGGAAAAUACCAAAAUAUGAUGAUACUUGUGUUAAAGAUGAAUUUAGUCGCAGCAGUUAUGGUGAUCCAAGUGAUGAUGAUACCAAUGGUGGUGGUAACAACAUGACAAAUGGUGCUGAUUGUGGUGAAAGUAAUGUCGAUGUUGUUUUAGAUCAUAAAACCGGUGAAUAUAAAUUAACACUGAAAUAUAAAACUCGCCAUCAAAUGUUAGAAGUGUUGCGGCUACUCUAUUCAAAUGCCGUAAGCAAUGAAGUAUUCUAUAAGACGGCCGUUAAUGGUAAACGGACACGGGAUACGGAACAUUUAAAACGAUGUUACGAGAAAACACUACGCCUUAAACUGGACUAG